AUUGAAUGCCUACUGAUGGUGGUGGAAAGUGACGAGGAUUGUAUCCUGCUGUCACAUAGGGGCGGUGUCAAAGCAGCACCUGGAUGUGCAGAGCGAAUAAAAAGCGGGAGGAUGAAACCCCGCAGCAGUUUGCUCACAGAGAAGGAGAAAAGCUGCAUGAAGAUGAACUGGCUUGUAACCCUCGCUGCUGUAUGCGUCCUCGUCCCCAGCGUCCACUGUGCCACAGGCUCAGGCUGGUGUUAUCAUGAUGCAAGUUGCAAUGACACACAAUGGGGAACUCUCUUCCCUUCUUAUUGCGCCGGCAAUCGACAAUCCCCCAUUGACAUCGUCUCAGCAUCUGCCACAGCUGACUCCAACCUGACUGCAUUCACCUUCACAAACUUCAACGACAGCUCCGCCCUGACAAAGAUCGCAAACACUGGAAAGACAGUCAAAGUCACCCUUGCCAGCGGGGUUCAGAUUUCCGGAGGGGGUCUGUCCGAUACCUACGACAGCCUGCAGUUUCACUUGCACUGGGGAAAUGGCUCCUCUGUCCCCGGCUCCGAGCACACUGUGAAUGGCAAGCGAUAUGCCAUGGAGUUACACAUUGUCCACAGCAAAGCAACCUAUGGUGGCAACACAACUCUAGCUGUGAAAGACUCAACAGGACUUGCUGCUCUUGGUUUCUUCAUUGAGAUAAUGUCCGGUAAUGAAACUGGGCAACCUGCAAAAUGGAACCUGCUGAGCUCCUACCUGUCAAACAUCAUAACCAAGGGAAGCAGUUUUCCAAUCCCAGCUGGAAUUUCAGUAGAUGAUCUCCUGGUCGGGGUGGACCGAGCCAAAUACUACCGCUACCUCGGCUCCUUGACCACGCCCACCUGCAAUGAGGCUGUGGUUUGGACUUUGUUUAAAGACCCAAUCAAAGUCAGCAAAGAUGUGAUUGACCGCUUCAGCACAACUGUACGCAUCACGGACACUUCUUCACAGUAUAUGACCAAUGUCUUCAGGAGUGUCCAGGCAGCGCAGUCUGUCACAACACAGUCUUCCAGUUCCACCUCCGGAUACUCUCUGGGGCUAAUGGCCCUGAGUCUUGUUCUGGGGAGGGUUUAGAGCCAUUGACGCUUGUCUCUCUGCACUCAAUGGUGUUGCUGGUAAACCUGUUUGCUUGAUCUCAUUCUUGAGAGUUUUGUCAUUGUUUAUUUUGUGACUUGAGUCGCUUUCAUGUUGUCUUCAUCAGGACAGAUACUGUCAGCAGAGGAGGUGUUGCCAGGCUGAACACUCAAAAAUGAAAUUGGUUUUUAAUGGGUGUGAUUAGGAUUUAGGCAUCAUUGACAGAAUUAAUAUUUAUCACAAUUGUACACCUUGCACGUAUUACAAAACUGUGAGCUGUUUUCAAAAUAAAAUGUAUAUUUCUCCAUU